CACCUAUGCUCAUGCUCUUUUUUCACUCUUUUCCUACUCUCUCUUUUCUCUGUGUUCUUGUUUCAUAAAGCCCAAAGGGAAACAAAAAAAAAAAAAAAACCUGGCCAUCCAUCAGUCAUCACCCACUCAACCACCAUAAACAUCAUCCCUUUUGUCCUUUUCUGUGUUUUCUUCCUCUUCAUUUGAUUAGUAUUAUCAAUUCUCAAGGCCUUUCUGCUUCUUUAAAGUUUGAAAAUUUUGAUGUCCAAAUGGCUACAAGUGCUUCAAGAUUCAUCAAGUGUGUGACUGUGGGUGAUGGUGCUGUUGGCAAGACUUGCAUGCUAAUUUGCUAUACCAGUAACAAAUUUCCCACUGAUUACAUACCGACAGUGUUUGAUAAUUUCAGUGCAAAUGUGGUGGUCGAAGGCACCACUGUCAACUUAGGCCUUUGGGACACAGCUGGGCAAGAGGACUAUAAUCGCUUAAGGCCACUAAGCUACCGAGGAGCUGAUGUGUUUGUCCUGGCAUUUUCUUUAGUUAGUCGUGCAAGCUAUGAGAACAUCCUUAAAAAGUGGAUCCCUGAACUUCAUCAUUUUGCGCCUGGAAUCCCAGUGGUUUUGGUUGGCACCAAGCUUGACCUUCGUGAGGAUAAACAUUACUUGGCCGACCAUCCUGGAUUAGUUCCUGUGACUACUGCACAGGGGGAGGAGCUUCGCAAACAAAUUGGUGCUGCCUUCUAUAUAGAAUGCAGUUCUAAAACCCAGCAGAACGUGAAAUCAGUCUUUGAUGCUGCGAUUAAGGUAGUUAUCAAGCCGCCACAGAAACAAAGGGAGAAGAAAAAGCAACGCAGAGGAUGUCUCGUGAGUAAUGUCAGCAUUGGGGAAAACUUCAGAUUCACAAGUCUUGUCAUCCACCAUCUUUAGUGAAUGAGAAACAUCUUUUGUGGAAGAAGCCUCGUCUGUCUGAAAUGAGACCUUUUCUUGGUAGAGGUCAAUAAGUUUGACAUACUAACGCUCUGUGGUGGUGCUUUCUGAUAUGUUGUUCGAAGUACAAAUGCAGCCUGGUAGGACCUCAAAAGUUGUUUGCAAAUUUAAUUCAGAUGCUUGAAGAAUGUCCAUAGCAUUGUUUGUAUUCGCAUUUAUCCAGAUGUUCGAAGAAGUUCCAUAGUAUUGUUUCUUUAUUCCUACUCUUCUCUAUGUAAAGGCAAGAAGAAUUGCAAUGCUGAUAUAUUGUGCCUGCUAUAGCUUACAAAAUAGAUUUGCUGAUGCUAUAGCAAUCUGAGUUUAGGGAUUCAACAGAUUGCCUGUUUCACCAUUUGAUAUGCUAAUCAAUGAAUGUUCCAAGGAAAAGGCACGAUUUGGAUAGAGU